AUGGCAACCAAUGAAGGGGAAAUGCAAUACCAACUCCCAACGGUGAAGAUUGCUGGUUUAACGAUGAGUCCAAGUCCAACCAAUUGCGGCGUCGACGGAAGCAGCACCAGUGGCGAAGAAGACGGAGACGCCGAGUGGAAAGCAGCCAUUCAAUCUAUAGCCGCCACCACUACGGCCUCUUUCUCUGCUAACGGCUCCACGAUUACAACAAGAAACAACCUUUCGACCCCAGAUACAGAUGAUCAUGUUGAUGAAGCUGAUGAAAUAGAUCAGAAAAAGCAACCCCAGAAGCUUACACACUACCAACUCAAGGUACAAAAGCUUUUGGAUGAGAUGCUAGAGAAGAACUUGCUGAUUGUGAAGGACUGUAAUGUUCCAGAUGAUGAUAGUUUGGUAAUUGAAAGUGGGGUUCGUUUAUUUAAAAAUUCUGCUCCUGGGAUAGUAUUUGACCUUGUAGAUGAAAUUCAAGGACCCAGAAAGAAACCAAAAAUCCUUCCUGGAAGAGGGAUUGAUGAGAACUCGAAAGAGUUUAGACGACAACUACGGUCUAUAGCUGUCGAUGGAAAAGAUAUAUUGGCUGCUGCAAGAGAUGCAAACCAGAAAGCAUUAGCUAGAUUCGAAGCUAAAGCUGCAGCAGCUAAAGAAAAGGCCAAGAAAGAAGAAGCCAGAAUUGCACAACUGAAAAAGAUUAGAGGAGAGAGGUGGCUACCUUCAAUGGCUAGAGAGAUGCAGUUAAGCAAACAUUCUGGGCAACAGGUAUAGACCAAUCACUUGAAGCUGUUGAGAUAGUUGUUUUUCCUUGAUGAAUACUACUGAUUCGUAAUCUAGCAUGAGUUGUGACGAUGCCUCCCGUUCUUGCUCUC